AUGGCCGCCGCUCCCAGGGAUUUGAGAGAUGGAGAUGGCGUGCGGAGGAGAGAGUCAUCACCACGGCCGGAUCGUAGACGUCGGCCAAGGCUGUUACGAGCAAGCGCGACCGAACCUUCCAUUACAACCACAUCUAAUGCUAGCCGCGGGGCCAUGUCGAGCCCGCAAUCAGCGCAAAGGGCCACUGAGUUGCUUAAUCGCGUAGCAAUCUACUCUGGCCCGGCCCCGGAGUAUUCGCCUACAUCCGGCUCAGCACCUCCGAUGGCGCCUUUAAGUGUCGACGACGUGACCACAGCAGUUGCCAACCGAGUGCAGAGUCCCCGGGACCACCAUCCCUACUCCAACGGCUACUUUAGUUUCCCGAAUUUCGACGCAUGGGAUGGGGAACGGGGGCAUGACGAUAAAGAAGAGGAUGUCUGA